GAUGUUGAUGGAGGCAUGCCCGCUGGAGAAGACGGCGGCAAUGACAUCAGAGACUGCAGCACGCAGCGCGGUGCGGCGAGUGAGGACGCCCCUGGCUCCUCCCACAUGUCAAGUCACAGCGGGGAGCUGCGCAUCCUGAGCGUCUACGGACAAGGGGAGGGCCCACUGGCGGUGGACGGCCAUGACACCCUCCCUGCCAAGUCAGAACCGGAGGCCUUGAGCUCGCUGUCCGCUGACCACAGCGUGGCCAAGAGCCUGAACUGCAGCGUGCGGCUCGUCCGCCUUGAGGAGCUGACUGGGCAUCAGGGCGGCCGCAAGGGCCGGCCCGGUGUCUUGUGUGGCAAGGUUAUUCCCAACAAUGCCAUCCACACCGACGAGAAGCCGUACGGUUGCGACGAAUGCAUGAAGCGCUUCAGUCGGAAAGGCUACCUGAAACGCCACAUGAUGGUUCACUACGGGAAGAAGCCCUUCAGUUGUGACAAAUGCACUAGGCGCUUCCAAUGGCAAUGUGAACUUAAGCUCCACUUGACGGCUCACUCCGGCCUGAAGCCCUACAGGUGUGACCAAUGCAUGAAGCUCUUCAGUCAGAAAUGCACUCUGAAGCGUCACAUGAGGAGCCACUCCGGGGUGAAGCCCUACAAGUGCGACCAAUGCACGAUGAGCUUCACUGUGAAAGGCACCCUGAAGAUCCACAUGAGGACUCACACCGGGGAGAAGCCCUACAAGUGCGACCAAUGCACAAAGCGCUUCAGUCAGAAAGGCAGCCUGAAGCUCCACAUGAGAACUCACUCCAGGGAGAAGCCUCACAAGUGUGACCAAUGCGUGAAGUGCUUCAGUCAUAUUUUCGACCUGAAUGCCCACAUGAUGACUCACACCGGGGAGAAGCCCUACAAGUGCGACCAAUGCGAAAAGCGCUUCUGUCAGAAAGGCAACCUGAAGUCCCACAUGAGGACUCACUCCGGGGAGAAGCCCUACAAGUUCGACCAAUGCAUGAAGGGCUCAGUGGCGGUGCUAGAACAUUUUCACUGGGAUGGCCAGGAGGAUUGCGCUGCUUUUGGAGACCGUAGCACGCAGCGCGGCGCCACCUCGGAGAGUCUGGGUGUGGACGCCCCUGGCUCCUCCCACCUGGCCAGUCACAGGGAGGAGCUGAAGAUUCUGAUCAUCCAUGAAAAAGGGGAGGGUAGACUGGCGAUAGACGGCCAUGACACCCUCUUCACCGCGUCAGAAGUGAAGGCCCUGAACUCGCUGUCUGCGGACCACAGCGCGGCCAAGAGCCUGGAGCGCGGCGAGCGGCUGGUCUGCCGCGAGGAGCUGAGUGUGCAGGUUGGAAAUCAUCUUAUUCACCAUCAAAAAGAGAGGCUUCCUCUGUUACAACUCUAAAACAAACCCAUAGAA